AUGCUGAAUUCCAAAUCUUUCCGGGAUGUUAAAAGUGUUGCACCAUAUGGCAAAGCAAAGACUAAAAUAACAAGCAAAAACAAUAAUAAAAGACGAGUCUCUAUAUUUAAUAAAUUCAAAAGUUUUAUUGAUAGAAGUAUACAUUCUAUAAGAUCCACCGGUGUAGAAGAAUCAAAAAAGAACGACGCAAACAAUAACAAUAGCGAUAGAAAUGAACUUAUUAAUGUUACUAGCCCAAUAUUUGUACCUGGAGGCUUUUUCAAAGAGAGUAAUACAAAAUCUAUUUUAAUACCAAGUCCUCGAAGCAAUAACAAUGAUGACAAUAUUUCAAACAAAGAAAAAAAUGAACAUGACAGUGAAUGUGAAAAUAAUGAUAUUUCAAUAGUAAAUAUUUCAAAUGCCAAAUUGGCUGACUUUUUUGCACAAAAAGGUGAUGAGCCACUCACUGAGAUUGAAGUUGAAGGUGUAAUGUCACUUCUAAGAAAAUCUUCAAUGUCACAUCUAUCUAAUAAUAACAGAAAUAAUAUGUUUAAUUCAACUUUUAAUUCCUCAUCCCAAGAUAAGAAUAAUAACGGUAAUAAUAAUUAUUUCUGUAAUAACACUAACCAGAUAUUUAAUAGAUCAAGAAUCCUUUCCACAUCUUCUAAUUUUACUGGUAAUAACUCGGUAAAUGACAAUGAUAAUGAUGUUGGAAAUACCACAAUUAAAGAAUUAAAAGUGCCUCAAUAUGUGCCUGACUUUGAUACACCCAAACCAAAUACCACGAUAUCAACAGCUAAUAACCCUAAUUCUCGUAUCUCUUCAAUUUCAUCUAAUAGAAGUUCUGUAAGGAGAAUCUUUAACUAUUCAGGUGCAAGAUCUCCAUACAGAAACACUGUAAUUUUCAAAUAUCCAUCCAAUCAUAGAUCCCUUUCCACUUCCAAUGUAAAUCCACAAUCACAACAAAUUAAAUCUAUAACUAAACCUUCACAAACAAAAAAAACCAAAGGACCAAAAUUAACUAAUGUUGCUUCUGCAUUAGUGACCUUAUUAGAAAAUACCAGCAAUAGUGAUGGUAAAAAUAUUAAUCAAACAAGAGAUGAAGAAAAAAAUGAUACUUUGAUUAUUUCUCAAGAAUCUAAAAGUUUGGCAAACCCAUAUUCAUCAAUGGUUCAUAAACACACACAACAGAAACAAUUCAUUAAUUCAAAAAAGAAAGAGGAUUUAGAUUCUGAAACGAAACAAACUAACUUUAAAAAACUUUUUACAACCGUAGAGAAUAAUACGCCUACUACUACGACCACUUCCAUUGCCAACCACAAUAACAACACCAACAGCUCCACAGUCAAUGUUAUUAAUACAUACAAACCUACUAAAUCAUCUUCAUUAAGCACUAAUGUCGUUAUUGCAGACAAAGUAAACAAUGAAGGUACAAAAGAACCAGAAGAAAAAAUAAAAGGCACAGAGCGUACAAUUGUCCCACAAACUUCUUCAUUCACAUUCACUUUCUCCAAUGCAAAUGAUAAAAAUGAGGACAAAAAGGCAUUCACCAGUAAUAAGAUACUAUCCUCAUCAUCUAGUACACCAAUUACACCUAUCUUUUCUACCGAUAAAAAUUCUUCAAAUUCAACCACAGCAAAAUUCACAAUAUCGCACCCAAGUAAAACAGAAGAAGAAGAAACAGGACAGGCUAAUGUUAAGGUAGAGGAAAACACAAAUAAAUAUCAAUAUGAAUUCUCAACACCGGCAAAAUCUAAUAUUGAUGUUGCUACUAUUGAUGAAUCCAAAGUAGAUCAUUUCAAAUCAAUGUUUGUAUUUUAA